UCCUGCCCGCGGCGGCCGUUGGAGGGAGGGCCCGGGGCGGCCGUCGAGGUAACAUCACGGGGGAGAGGACGAGGCCCAGCCUCGCCAACCCUGGCGGUUGCGGAGGAGGAAGAGGACGCCACGACUAUCCAGAAACCAUCAAGAAACUCUCAGCAUGCCCGGGAUGGUCCUUUUCGGCCGGCGCUGGGCCAUAGCCAGCGACGACCUGGUGUUCCCCGGGGCCUUCGAGCUGUUUCUCAGAGUGGCCUGGUGGAUUGGAAUUCUGGUUUUAUAUUUUAUGCACAAAGGAAAACUUAAUUGUACAGGAGGAGGAUUACUGAACAGCUAUCUGAUUGUCCUCAUCGUUCUCCUAGCUGUCAUAAUAUGUGCUGUAUCAUCAAUUGUUUAUGUCAGUAUGAAAGGAACAAUUUGUAACCCGGGGCCAAGGAAAUCUAUGCCUAAGCUGGUUUAUAUCCGACUGGCACUGUUCUUGCCGGAGAUGGUCUGGGCUUCUUUAGGAACUGCAUGGAUUGCAGAUAAUGGUGUCCAGUGUGACAAGACUGUUGUGAAUGCCAUAAUUGCAACAGUCAUUAUUAGUUGGAUUAUCAUCGCUUCCACUGUGAUUACCAUUAUAAUUGUUUUUGAUCCGCUCGGGGGGAAAGCGUCUUCAUAUUCUACCGCUGGGAUAGGUCACUUGGAUAGCAAUGAUUCAAGCCAGUUGUUUAAUGGCCUCAAGACAGCGGCAACAAGUUUGUGGGAAACCAGGAUGAAAGUAUUGUGCUGUUGUGUUGGGAAAGAUGACCACACUCGGGUGGCUUUUUCGAGUACGGCAGAGCUUUUCUCAACCUACUUUUCAGACACUGAUCUUGUGCCCAGUGACAUAGCUGCAGGCUUAACUCUUCUUCAUCAGCAGCAAGACAAAAUACAAAGUAGCCAGGAGCCUGAGGAAGUAGUUCGUCACUCCCCAGUGUCCUUGAUGGAAACGGAUCUGGAUAUAGAAUUGGAGAAUUGUCAUCACUAUAUGCAGUUUGCUGCAGCUGCGUAUGGAUGGCCCCUCUACAUUUAUACAAACCCUUUUACAGGAUUCUGCAAGAUUGGGGGCGAUUGUUGCAGAAGCAGAACAGCAGAAUAUGAGCUCAUUGGGGGAGAUUACCUAAACUGUCACUUUGGAUCCAUCUUGGAGACCACUGGGCUACAGUACAGGGACUUCAUUCACAUCAGCUUUCAUGACAAGGUGUUUGAGCUUCCCUUUUUAGUUGCUUUGGAUCACAGGAAAGAGACUGUUGUGGUAGCUGUAAGAGGAACCAUGUCACUCCAGGAUAUCCUCACUGAUCUCUCUGCACAAAGUGAAACCCUGAAUUUAGAAUGUGAGGUGCAGGAUUGUAUGGCACAUAAGGGGAUCUCUCAAGCAGCCCGUUAUGUUCACCGAAAGCUAAUCAAUGAUGGGAUUUUGAGCCAGGCUUUCAGCAUUGCACCGGAGUACCAACUGGUCAUAGUAGGUCAUAGCCUGGGGGCCGGAGCAGCCGCUGUGUUAGCCAUCAUGCUCAAAACUUCUUACCCGGGACUCAAGUGUUAUGCCUUUUCCCCUCCCAGAGGACUGCUAAGCAAAUCCCUGUACGAAUUCUCUAAGAGCUUUAUUGUUUCACUCGUACUCGGAAAGGACGUUAUUCCCAGGUUAAGUGUGACUAACCUGGAAGACCUGAAGAGGAGUAUAUUACGGGUGAUAGCCCACUGUAAUAAGCCCAAGUACAAGAUUCUGUUGCGUGGCUGUUGGUAUGAAUUGUUUGGAGGAGAUCCAGAUAAUUUUCCCACUGAGCUGGAUGGAACUAACCAGGAAGAUCUAACCCAGCCUCUCUUGGGAGAGCAAAGCUUACUGACUCAUCAGUCACCUUGUUAUAGUUUUUUUGAGGAAUCGCUUCCAGACUCCCCACCUCGGUAUCCCCAUUUAUAUCCUCCUGGAAGAAUCAUCCAUCUUGUAGAAGAAAACAGUGCGGGAAGGCCUUGUUGCUGUUCUACUUCUAGAUAUAAUGCGAAAUGGUCUAGUGAAGCAGAGUUCAGCAAAAUCCUUAUAGGUCCCAAGAUGCUGACAGACCACAUGCCAGAUAUCCUGAUUAGAGCUUUAGAUAGCGUGGUCUCAGAGAGAGCGACUUGUAUUUCUUGUCCACCACAGGAAGACUUUAAUACCAAUGUGGCAUAGCCACAGGUUCUGGAAAGCAAGAUCAUUUUUUCAAAAUAUUCUAGGGACAACUGACUCUGUGCUGGCUUUAAUACUCAAUUUUCUUUAUGCCUGAUAGAAAAUGGGUCUUGCAGCAGUUGGAAGCUAGUGGUUAUUUAAGUUCUUCUAAACUUCUGUAUUACCUGUGCCAGGGGACAAGGGCUGGUGAAGUGAAUCAGGUAGGAGAAACGGAAUGGAUUUUUUUGACCUCCAGAUAGAGUAGUGCUCCUGGAAAAGCUUUUUGGAAUUCACGGUGUAAAGAAAGACCUUAUGGUGUGGAAGAUCAUGCUUUCUCAGUUGAUAUGGGCCGAGCUGCCGCUUCACACAACCGGCAACCUGCAAGCAAGCGGGUCCUUUACUGAGUGUAGGUAUAACUGAAAACCAGGAGACAUUCCUGAAGUUUAGAACUAUAGUUAACAGCUAUUUUUAAUUGCACUAUUUUUUGCAGGUAUUGCCUCACUCAAACAUGCCCUGACAGGCAAAGUUUGUGCUCCUAGAAACUGCCUGUUUGACUGUUUUCCCUCCAGGUUAUUACUGUGCAAUAUAUUCUGGUUCAAGAAUGUAUACUUAAAUUGCAUUUAAUUGUGCAAAGAACAAAGGAGCAAAUAUUCCUCUUCCCCACCCCAAUGAUGGGUUAAAGGCUCUUAACGCUCACUGGGUUUUCCCGUAACUGGGCCCAGAGGAAAGUACUGACCUAGCAUCUUGGAAGUGGGGUUCAAGGGGGAGGGGAUUGAGUUCUUUAAGUAGAGACCUUCUAGAAAUGAAUUUGGUAACUUUGAAAUUUAGCUUAGAGUUCACAGCAGAUAAACGAAGGUCCAAGGCCAUUAAACUAUAAGAAAACAGUAGGUAUUGGUGGUGCAGGAAAGUUAUGCUACCUCAAAGUGUAGAGUGCAGGAUGGCACUAACCCCCUCCUCCCUGGAACCUUUGCCAGAAUGUUUGACUUGGAUCUCUUAUUUUCACGUUUACAAGUUUCCACAUUGAAAUGACUGGUAUUGUGAUUUUUCCUCUUGAAUGUUAUAUUCUAGCCUGUGGAAUUUUUUUUCUUGUCUUUAGUUCUGUUCAGUGAUGCCCUUUUCUACAGAAUCUGUUUUUGAAGUUAAAUGAAUGCUUAAUUCACAACAUAAUCAAUAAAGCAUUUGGUUUGAGUGUGUUUAUACUGUCACUGUAAACAAAGAAAAGCAUACAAAUUCUGAAUUGACUAACUUUAAAAUGAGUUGGUGCGCAGAAAGCUGGAAUUGAGGAAAAAGUCGUAGAGCUCUUAAGUUUUGAACCUUUACUCCUUCAUAGUUGUGCAAGUGAUAGAUCAAAUAAAGGACUCCUGCA